CAGUAGAGAAUACACUUUGUCACCCUGAUUCCUGAGGAGGCCAGAGUGUGGAGGCAGAGGGGACGUAAGACAGAGCCUGGUCCUCCCUCUCCUGGAGGACUCAACGCUCUUGAGCAACCCUGCCUAUGGCACUCCCCAUGGUCCCCAGGAGAGGCCAAGACAUUGUCAGGGAGAUGGAGAAACCAUUUCUUCACCUUCCACAGGAGGCUUCCCUUGCCCACUGCCCAGCAACCCCAUGAGGCAAAAGCAGGGGCUGAGGCAAGUCCAGCUCACAGCCGGGGAGAUCAGGGAUGGGGCAGGUCAGGAAGACGCGUGGUUGGGCCAUUGCAUCAGGCCCAGGGGGCAUAAAGGAGGGUCCUGCAUGCUGGGAGGAGGCCAACUUGGGGACCAUGGAGACUCAGAGGGCCAGCCUCGCCCUGGGGCAGUGGUCACUGUGGCUACUGCUGCUGGGACUAGUGGUGCCCUCGGCCAGCGCCCAGGCCCUCAGCUACAGGGAAGCUGUGUUUCGUGCUUUGGAUCAGCUCAACGAGCGGUCCUUAGAAGCUAAUCUCUACCGCCUCCUGGAGCUGGACCUGCCUCCCAAGACCGAUGAGAACCUGGACACCCCAAAGCCUGUGAGCUUCACAGUGAAGGAGACCGUGUGCCCCAGGACGACCCAGCAGCCCCCAGAGCAGUGUGACUUCAAGGAGAAUGGGCUGGUGAAAGAGUGUGUGGGGACAGUCACCCUGGCUCAGAUCAAGGACAACUUCGAUAUCACUUGCACUGUGCCCCAGAGUGUCGGGGGAGUGCGAAGCCUGGGUAGGAAGAUACUAAGAGGUUGGAAGACGUAUGGCCCAAUUAUCGUCCCAAUAAUCAGAUUAAUUGGGUGAAUUGUGAGCCCAGGGAAAAGACCUAAGGGUCUGCCUGCCCUGGUUCAGACUUCUAGACUCUGAGAAAUAAAUUCUUGUGAAAGCAACUUACUCCAGGCAUCAAUUUCAUUUGUCUCCCCUCCUCCCACUUACCAGGACCGAGUCCUUAGCUCCGGGUAGCCUCUUUUGUGUGUGUGUGUGUAUGUGUGUGUGUGUGAGAGAGAGAGAGAGAGAGAUCACUCCUGUAAACACAGUCGUGGGUGAGGCCCCUGUUCCUUCCAGGAGGGCAUGGGGAGAGGCCAGGGCCAAGAGGUCCAGCACAGCGUCUCCAUUCUCGGGUCCCUCCCAUGCCCUUCACACACCUCUGCCCUCCUCCUCCAACACCCAGUAGGGACUUAAGGAGACCUGCUCUGUGUGCAGUGCUGGUGGGGAUGCUGUCCCUGCUCACAUGGAGGUGACAGUCUGGAGGGGCCAGGCUUUUGUUAAACACUCACAGAGACGCAGUUCAGUCUCAGGGUUAAGCCUACAGGUACAAUGCCCAUAGCGUUUCACUUGCCCUUGACAAUCUUAACUCUGGAAAGCCCACCCCUCCUUGCUUUUCCUUUGGCAUUGAGACACAUCACUGUUUCUUCAGCUGGGUCCCAGAUUUCAGUUGUGAGCUUGUGUUUAUUUUUAUUUUUGGCUGCACUGGGUCAUCGUUGUGGUGCUCAGGCUCUUUGUCGUGGGCUUCUCUCUAGUUGCGGCACGCGGGUUUAGUUGUCCCAUGGCAGGUGGGCUCUUAGUUCCUCAACCAGG